GAUUUCCCCUUCCCAAACCUGGCCUGAUCACCUGGCUGGAACAAGGGGAAGAGCCGUGGGUGCCCGAUCUCCAGGCCUGUGAGGAAAGAGAGAUCCCGAGAGGUGCCCACACAGAGCAGGGCUGCAGGCAGCAGAUAUCACUGACAUCGCUUCCCACGGGUCCUGUUCACUGCAGGAGUUUCCUUCCCAACUGGGAAGUGGAGGGAGAAUCCAAUUGCUCCAUCUCUCCAACCUUUAGUAUGUUGGGUUUUCCCUCGGUUCUAUUCCUCUUAAUUUCUCCUCAGCAGAAUGACUCCUGUCUGCAUUGUCUCUCUCCCAGCAGGUGAUGAGAGAGUGAGUGAGAAGAAGGAGGGGAAUCAACAUCAGGAAAUUCCUGGGCACGGGGAACCACAGGGGAUUUUUGUGGGAAGAGCUGAAGGGAAUUUUUCCCAGUGCUUGGCACAGGGAGAAGCCUGGGGAAAUGGGCAGAGGUCAAAGAGGCUGCUGGGAAACCACUCAAGGGAGCAACUGGAUGGAUCUAUUAUAUGUGGGGAAGGACACAGGGAUCCCACAGCCCGGCAGACAAUCCCCAAGGAAGACAAACGCUAUGAAUGCCUCGGUUAUGGGAAAGGAUUCAUUCUGAGACCGGCGCUUCUUACGCUUCAGGCAAUAAAUACUGGAGAGAAAACACUUCAAUGCUUGGACUGUGGGGAAAACCUCAAUAAGCGCUCAGAUCUUACUAAUCAUGGGAGAAGCCACACGGGAGAGAAACCCUCUGGGUGCCUUGAGAGCAGGAAUUGUUUGAAUUGGAAGUCAGCACUGAUUACACAUAAGCUAAUCCACACAGGAGAGAGACCCCACAAGUGCUUAGACUGUGGGAAAAAAUUCGUAUGGAGGUCAGGCCUAAUUAAACAUCAGAAAAUCCACACAGGAGAGAGACCUCAUCAGUGUUUAGACUGUGGGAAAACUUUCAUAGAGAGGUCAGACCUUGUUACACAUCAAGUAGUCCACACCGGAGAGAGACCCCAUAAGUGCUUAGACUGUGGGAAAAGUUUCACAUGGAGAUCAGCCCUGGUUACACAUCAGAGAAUACACACGGGAGAGAGACCCCAUAAGUGCUUAGACUGUGGGAAAAGUUUCAUACAGAGGUCAAACCUCCUUAAUCAUCAGGCAAUCCACCCUGGAGAGAGACCUCAUAAGUGCUUAGACUGUGGAAAAAGUUUCACAGAAAGGCCAACCCUUCUUAAACAUCAGGCAGUCCACACAGGAGAGAGACCCCACAAGUGUUUAGACUGUGGGAAAAAAUUUGUACGGAGGUCAGGCCUAACUAAACAUCAGAAAAUCCACACAGGAGAGAGACCCCAUAAGUGCUUAGACUGUGGGAAAAGUUUCAUACAGAGGUCAAAGCUACUUAAUCAUCAGGCAACCCACACAGGAGAGAGACCUCAUAAGUGCUUAGACUGUGGGAAAAAAUUUGUACAGAGGUCAGGCCUAAUUAAACAUCACAAAAUCCACACAGGGGAGAGACCCCAUAAGUGCUUGGAAUGUGGGAAAAGUUUCAUACAGAGGUCAGACCUUGUUAAACAUCAAGCCAUCCACACCGGAGAGAAACCCCAUAAGUGCUUAUGUUUAUAAUGUUAUAUAUGCUUGUAAUGUUUUUCUAUGUUUUCAUAUCUAUUGAUUUCUCUCACAAGAAAGAAUAGAAAGUGUACAGUGCUCACGUUAUAUUAUUUUUGAUUUCAAAUAUUUGUACUGUAAACAUGCAAAACAAAAAUAGCAUUUUUCAGUUCCCCUCAUACAAGUGCUGUCGUGCAAUCUCUUUAUCAGGAAAGUGUAACUUAGAAACACAGAUGAUUUUAAUUAUAUAAGUGCACUGAAAAAUAAAGCAGUUAAAUACUUUAGAGCCUAGAAGUCCACUCAGUGCUACUUCUUUUUCUGCCACUCGCUAAGACAAACAAGUUUGUUUACAUUUACGGGAGCGACUGCUGCCUGCUUCUAAUUUAUGAUGUCACCGGAAAGUGUGAGAAGGCGUUCCCAUGGCAUGUUUGUAGCUGGCAGCGCAGGUAUUUAAGUGCAAGAUAUGCUAAACAUGCCUGUGUCCCUUCAUGCUUCGGCCACCAUUCCAGUGGAGGAUGCUCAUUUAAAAAAAAUAGUGCAUUAAUUCCAUUUGUGACUGAACUCCUUGAAGGAGACUUGUAUGUCCCCUGUCCUGUUUUACACACCUUCUGCCAAAUAUGUCAUCAUAUCGAAGUCACGGAGAAUGACCUAGCACAUGGGGGGACACUUUCACUGCAGAUUUGACAAAACGCAAAGAAAGUAACUAUCUGAGAUUUCGAAAGAUAGCUACAGCACUCAGCCCAAGGUUUAAGAAUCUGAAGUGUCUUCCAAAAUCUGAGAGGGAUGAGGUGUGGAGCAUGCUUCCAGAAGUCUUAAAAGAGGAAGACAACUGAUUGGGAAACUACAGAACCCGAACCACCAAAAUAGAAAAUCAGCUUUCUGCUGGUGGCAUCUGACUCAGUCGAAGAAAAUGAGCACAUGUCGAUCUGGUCUGCUUUGGAUCGUUAUCGAUUAGAACCCGUCGUUAGCAUGGAGGCAUGUCCUCUGGAAUGGUGGUUGAAGCAGGAAGGGACCUAUGACCCUUUAGAGCAUCUGGCAUGUAAAUAUCUUGCAACGCCGGUGCAAUAGUGUCACGCGAAUGCCUAUUUUCACUUUCAGGUGACAUUGUAAACAAGAAGCGGGCAGCAUUAUCUCCUGCAAAUUGUAACCAAACUUGUUUUUCUGAAUGAUUGGCCGAAGAAGAAGUAGGACUGAGUGGAGUUGUAGGCUCCAAAGUUUUACAUUGUUUUAUUUUUGAAUGCAGUUAUUUUUUGCACAUAAUUCUACAUUUGUAAGUUCAACUUUCAUGAUAAAGAGAUUGCAUACAGUACUUGCAGUUGGUGAAUUGAAAAAUACUAUUUCGUUUGUUUUUUACAGUGCAAGUAUUUGUAAUAAAAAAUAUAAAGUGAUCACUGUACACUUUGUAUUCUGUAAAAACAACAAGGAAUCCUUGUGGCACCUUAGAGACUAACACAUUUCUUUGGGCAUAAACUUUUGUGAGCUAUAACCCAUCAUCAGAUGCAUGGAGUGUAUUCUGUGUUGCAGUUGAAAUCAAUAUAUUUGAAAAUGUAUAAAACAUCCAAAAUAUUUAAAUAAAUGGUAUUUUAUUAUUGUUUAGGAGCACGAUGAAUCACGAUUAAUUUUUUUAAUCACUUGACAGCCCUAGAACAUAGUAAUUGUAGUAGUCUAUGUUAAUCUGUAACGAGAUAUAGAUUAACAAUAUAACCAAAGGGUUUCUGUCAACAACUGUAUUUUGUUCAUUCAGAAGUCAAAAGGAAAUAUUAACAUUUAAAUGAAACUUGGGUGUAAUAAUGUCAUUGUAUAUAUAUCUCUUUUUAAAGUUUGUGGUAAACUGUCUAUGAACGGCUUUAUAGAUAAUUACCUUAUAUUAAUCCAUGUAGUUUUAUUACCUGUGAUGUUUGGGAAAUAGGAGGUUACUUCCAAAACCUAUUGUUCACCCAAGGACUGCCUGCUGUCGAGAGGCUGCAAAAACGUCUACAUAAACUCUUGGGACCUGAUCCUUUUAUCUCAGAUCUUCUUAAGCUUUAUUCAGGGGGAGUUCGAGUCGUAAGAUUGAGAUCUCCAGUCCUCUCUGGACCGUCCUGAUAUUGAACAUUUGGACAUUGGACUAGAACGUGAUGAAGUGAUUCUGAAAAGGACUCUUUUCAAUUAUAACGCGCCAUCUCUAUGGUCAAACUGACCUAGGGACUCUAUUCGCAUUUGUAUGUCUAAUGAUCUUUUAGCCAAUACUGCCUUUUCUUCUUUUAAUACAUCGUACUUUAGUUAACAA